AUGAACACCGAAUGGGAUGAUGAAGAAGACGACCCAACAUACAAAGGGGAGAGCACAAUAUUCAGCAGAUUACACCCAGAACAUGAAUCGUACAAACCAGCCAAGCGCGCAGGGUACAACCCAAAAGCAGAGCAUGACUACACUCUGAGCUAUCGUCCAGACGACAUGGCUGAAAAUUCAAAAUUCAUUAAGGAAAUUGCCACGGCCGCUAUAGACAAAACAAAAUUGCCACACAACGUAGGCAAAUACAACGGCUUGACAGACCCGGAUGAUCAUCUCCAAGUUUUUAAUGGCGCGGGAGCAACAGGAGGAUGGAAUUUACCAACUUGGUGCCAUCUCUUCGCUCAAACAUUUGUCGGCGCAGCACGCAUUUGGUUCGACAGCGUGCCAGCAGGAAGAAUCAAAUCAUGGAUCGACUUUCGAGAGAAGUUCCUCGCGCACUUCUCUCAGCAGCGCAGACAUACUAGAGAUCCAGCUGAUUGUUUAAACAUAUGGCGCAAGGACCACGAAAGUGUGGAAGAUUUCAUCACUAGAUACAACAAAGAGUGUCUGGAAAUUGGUUAUGUAGGCGAGAAGAUGAUGCGCGCGCACUUCAUGAGAGCAGUCAAAUGCGACGACCUAAUCAAGCGAGUAAAGGGAAGAGAUGGAGGACCCAAAGAUUGGGAAACCUUCAUUGAAGCAGCUAAGACCAUUGUGCAAACAGACAAACAGCUGACCGGUGAUGAUCCCCGUCAGUGCAGAUAUAACCACAAUGACCGGCACAACAAAAAGGGCAGAAGCCAACCAUGGAAAGCGUCCGGUCAUAGAGAAAGAAGCCCAGCAAGGGCUGAUGCGCGCCACACAAUCAAUCAGAUAGCCCACCGGAAAGAGUCUAAAACAAGAAAUAGAAAGGGCCUUGAGAGAUGGAAAGCUCACUCACUGGUAAAAGGUGGAAAGCGCGAUUACCGCCAAAUUCAAAGAAGAGAAGAAGGGCCAGAUAACAAAAAACUCCAGAAACUAGAAACCCACAUGGUUCAAGGAGGUCCACGAAAGCCGAGAAAGAAUUACAACAAGCGCACACAAGACGACUCGUGGCGCGAGAGACAAGUUGUUUUUCCUAUUGUAAGAGGAGGACCAAGAGAAAGAAGGCCCAUAGUAAUCUCGGGAGUAAUCGGUCACUACCAAACCGACUACAUUUUCAUUGAUCCAGGGAGCACCGCGGACAUCAUAUACGAACAAUGUUUCAAUCAAUUCGACCAAGAGGACAAGGCGCGCUUAGAACCAGCCGAUUACCCACUCACUGGUUUCUACAAUGAAGCCGUCUUUCCUCUCGGAAAAAUAUCGUUCCCGGUGUUACUCUCGGAUGGAAGAAAUUCAAGAACCGAAGAAGUCACGUUUAUGGUGUUACCCGCGCACUCAAGACAUGAUAUCCUCCUAGGAAGAGAGUCUCAAGGAGAUUUCAGCAUGAUUUGUUCUGGUCCGCAUUCAGCUGUGGGAUUCCCAACAGAAACGGGGUAA